AUGAGUGGUAAAGCCGCUGUUGAUGAUGAUGAAGAAGAAGAAGAAGAUAGUAGUCUUGAUGCUGAUAUCUUGGCCGCUCUUGGUGAUAACUUGAAAUGUUCUUUCUCUAUUCAGUUACCUGAAAGGCCCGUCACGGCGCCAUGCGGGCACAAUUUCUGUUUGAAAUGUUUCGUAAAAUGGAUUGGUCAAGGGAAUAAAACUUAUGCAAAAUGCCGCCGUGUAAUUUCUAACGAAGUGGCAAAGAAUCCUCGGAUCAACUCUUCUCUUGUUACUGCUAUCCGUCUGGCCAAGGUUUCGAGAGCUGCUGCUGCUCCGACUACUUCAAACGCUUACCAUUUUGUCAGCAAUGAAAACCGACCAGAUGAAGCAUAUACAACUGAGCGCGCCAAAAAAACCGGCAAGGCAAAUGCUGCAAGUGGCAAGAUAUAUGUUACGACACCACCGGAUCAUUUUGGUCCUAUUCCGGCUGAAAAUGACCCUGUCAGAAAUCAAGGUCUCUUAGUUGGUGAAUCCUGGAAAUAUAGGAUUGAUUGUAGGCAGUUGGGUGCUCACUACCCCGUUGUUGCUGGGAUCGCUGGACAGUCGAAACAUGGAGCUCAGUCCGUAGCACUCUCUGGUGGUUAUGAUGACGACGAGGAUCAUGGUGAAUGGUUUCUGUACACAGGAAGUGGAGGAAGAGACCUCAGCCGUAACAGAAGGACUAACAAAGAACAGACCUCUGAUCAGAAAUUUACAAACACAAAUGAAGCUUUAAGACUUAGUUGCAAAAUGGGUUAUCCUGUUCGCGUUGUCAGAACUUGCAAAGAAGAAAGGUCUGCAUAUGCGCCUAAGGCAGGAGUGAGAUAUGAUGGUGUUUACCGGGUUGAGAAGUGCUGGAUAAAAAUAGGAGUGCAGGGUAUUUUCAAGGUCUGUCGUUACCUUUUUGUAAGAUGUGAUAACGAGCCUGCUCCAUGGACCAGCGAUGAGCGUGGAGAUCGUCCAAGACCUUUGCCUGACAUCCCAGAGCUUGAGAAGGCAAUAGACCUGUUUGAGAGAACAGAAACUCCAUCUUGGGAUUUUGAUGAAGUUGAGGGUCGUUGGAAAUGGAUGAAGCCUCCACCUGCUAGCAAACAGCCACUUAACAUUUUGGAUCCUGAGGAGAGGAAGCUUAUGAGGAAAGCCAUGAAGGAGGCACAAUUUCUGAAAGGAUUUAGUUGCCAAAUCUGUCGGCAAGUGAUGAAUUUACCUGUGACAACGCCUUGUCAACAUAACUUCUGCAAGGAAUGUCUAGAAGGUAAAUUUGUUGGGAAGACUCUGGUGACAGAGAGAAGCAGAGGUGGACGCACACUUCGUGCAAGGAAAAACAUAAUGAAAUGCCCUUGUUGCUCCACUGACAUUGCUGACUUUCUUCAGAACGUUCAGGUGAACAGAGAAGUUAUGGACGUGAUAGAGAAGGUGAAGAAAAAGGAAGAAGGUGAAGGCUCAAGCGUAGACGAGAAUGAAGAAAAAGUUGAGACAGAGUCUGAAGAAAAUUCUGAGAUUACCGAGGACAUUGAAGAAACUGAACAACCGAGGAAAAGAGCUAAGCUAGACACUGAAGCAGUUGUUUCUGCGAUGUGA